AGAGAGAGAGAGAGAGAGAGAGAGAGAGAGAGAGAUGAGAGAAAGAAAGUGUAGAGGAGGAAAAGGGAGAGAAGCCAGAGAGCGGGGAGGAGAAAUGGAGCGAGGGAGGGCAGAGAGAAAGAGAGAAGCACAGAGCGAGGGAGGGAAGCAGCCAGGAGUCUCUCUCUCUCUUCCUCUCUCUCAUGCACACACACGCACACACACUCCCAUACACAUUCGCACCAGCUGUGCUGUUGUCAGUCUUGGAAUGUAAGCACUGCCGUGAGGAGUCAGAUUCUCCGCCGCUAAGCACUGCUAAGGAGUAGGAACAGAGCCGCCGCGCACUCACUGACACAGAUGGAUGCUAAGCCGUGAAAACCAAAAGGGAUCUAAAGGACAUCAAAGAGAGGAAUACAAUGUCUGUUCUGAUGACACAUCCUAUCAGAAGCCUAUUACCAUAAUUCACAAGUCAUCCCGGACGUUCCCCAGCUGAUUGGAUACCAUGAUAACCAAUCAGGUUCUGCUCCUCCUGAUGCUCUCCAUCCUGUGGCCCAGCGCUGCCCUGCCUUUCACGCCUGGGAAUAUUGGGAAUCUGUUUGGGAUGCCGGAGAGUGAUGGGAGGGUGCUGCAGCGCUCCAAACGUGGAUGGAUGUGGAAUCAAUUCUUUCUGCUGGAGGAGUACACAGGAAAUGACCAUCAAUAUGUCGGCAAGUUGCACUCAAGCAUGGACAAAAAUGGAGGCAACGCCAGAUACGUUCUGACCGGAGACGGGGCAGGCACCCUUUUCCUAAUCGAUGAGAAGUCUGGGGACAUUCACGCCACCAAGAGGCUGGACAGGGAGGAGAAAGCAAUGUACACUCUUUUUGCCAAAGUUUUGGAUAAGGACACCAAUGCCGAGCUGGAGCCUGAUACUGAAUUCAACAUUAAAAUCCACGAUAUCAACGACAAUGAACCAAAGUUUUCAAAGGAAAUCUACUUCGCCAGUGUCCCUGAAAUGUCUGAAGUUGGUACAUCUGUUGCUACUAUAACUGCCACUGAUGCGGAUGAUCAAACGUAUGGGAACAGUGCCAAGCUUGUAUACAGCAUCCUGCAGGGACAGCCGUAUUUCUCUGUGGAUUCUGAAAACGGCACGAUCAAGACAGCUCUGCCAGGCAUGGACAGAGAAGUGAAGGAGAACUACCAGGUCGUGAUCCAGGCUAAAGACAUGGCCGGACAGAUGGGUGGACUCUCAGGAACCACGACGGUCAGCAUCACGCUCUCGGAUGUCAACGACAGUCCACCUCGCUUCGCUAACCAUUCCUUCCGUGUGACCGCGGUGGAGUCCAUAGAUAUCGGAGGAGCCAUCGGUCGCAUUAAGGCCGAUGAUCCAGACAUUGGCCGUAAUGCUGAGAUGGAGUACAGCAUCGUCGGUGGUCAUGAUAUAUUCAACAUCAUCACGGACCAAACCACACAGGAAGGAGUCAUCAUAAUCAAAAAGGCACUGGAUUACGAAAGUAAGAGGGACUAUGAGUUCAGAGUGGAGGUGAGAAACACAUACUUAGACGCAAGGUUCAUCCACGGCUUGCAAUUCAAAGACUACGCCACGGUCAAAGUAACAGUGGAGGAUGUGGAUGAGCCUCCCGUUUUCACCAGGAACCCUUACAUCAUCGAAGUGCACGAGGACACGGCUGCUGGCAGCUUCGUCGGUGUGGUGUCGGCCAGAGACCCGGACGCUGACAGCAAACCAGUCAAAUACUCCAUUGAUCGGCACACAGAUCUCGAGAGGCUGUUCAACGUUGAUUCUGUAAAUGGCACCAUCACAACACUGAAAGCUCUGGACAGAGAGAUGUCCAAAUGGCACAACAUCUCCGUGGUUGCCACUGAAAUCAAUAACCCCCGACAGACCACUCGAGUGCCUGUUUUCAUCAAGGUGUUGGACGUCAAUGACAACGCUCCUGAGUUUGCGAUGUCCUAUGACACAUUUGUCUGUGAGAACGUCAAAGCAGGACAGCUGAUUCAGACAAUAAGUGCUGUUGACACAGAUGAACCCCUCGUUGGACACAAGUUUGUCUUUAGUAUAAGUGCCACCAACCCGAACUUCACCAUUGUUGACAGGGAAGAUAACACCGCCAAUAUCCUGACGCGGAGGGGAGGUUUCAGCCGGCGUGAGAUGAGCAUGUACUUCCUGCCUGUAGUGAUCUCGGACAAUGACUACCCCAUCCAGAGCAGCACCAGCACGCUGAUCAUCCGCGUGUGUGCUUGUGACAGCCGUGGAAACAUGCAGUCCUGCAACCCCGAGGUCCUGCCCUUCUCAGAUGGUCUCACAACCGGAGCGCUGGUGGCCAUACUGCUCUGUGUCGUUAUCCUCCUCAUGAUCGUGGUGCUGUUUGCUGCCCUGAGGAGACAGAGGAAGAAGGAGCCUCUGAUCAUCUCCAAAGAGGAUGUCAGAGACAACGUUGUCAGCUACAACGAUGAAGGGGGUGGAGAAGAGGACACUCAGGCCUUUGAUAUCGGCACGCUGCGCAACCCGGAGGUGAUGGAUGCUAACAAGCUACGCAGGGACAUCAUACCCGAAAUGCUGUUUCCCUUUCGGAGGACGUCACCUAUAAAGGAUAACACGGACGUCAGAGAUUUCAUUAAUGGGAGGCUUCAGGAGAAUGAUUCAGACCCCACAGCGCCCCCCUAUGACUCCCUGGCCACGUAUGCUUAUGAGGGCAGCGGGUCUCUGGCAGAAUCCCUCAGCUCUCUGGAGUCUGCUGCCACUGAGGGGGACCAUGACUACGAUUACCUCAGCAACUGGGGGCCGCAGUUCAAGAAGUUGGCGGAGAUGUACAUAGGAAAAAGCCCAGACAGAGAGACCUAGGCGGCGCCAUGAGUCUCUUUUUUCAAAACCCAUUUUUUUCUGUCUGUUUAUUUCUAGCUAGCUAGCCAGACAGAGAUGUGUCUAGUUAGUUAGCUAGCCAGCUAGUUGACUGUCUGUCUACCUAUCUAUCAAGCUAUCUAUCUGUUUAUCUGUCUAGUUUGCUAGCUAGCUUGCUAGUUAACUAGUAGUCUAUUUGAUUCACAAACAAAAAUCCCUGCAAUCCAGCCGUGGACGCCGAAGUAAACAGAAAUUAAGACUUGAACUGAAUUUUCUCAUUAAUGGAGACGCAGUAUAAAUCUUAAAGUUUUGCCGUUUUUGGUCAUAAUCAGUAAAGAUGCCUUUGAAUUUUAGGAUUUUUGUGAACAAUGGUGUGGACAAUGUGUUUUGUAAUGAGCGAUAGUAGUAUUGUAUACUAUCAAUGUUUAAUGGCACUGGAGCGGGGGUGUGGGCGGGGGUGUCGGGAUGGAGUCGGGUGGCUUUUGCAGCCACCUCCAUUAAUAACUGUAAAUGUACAAAGUGUUUUUAACGAUGGACAUCAUAUAUUCUAUUUGCUAUCUCUGUUCGACAAGCAAUGUUCAUGUGAGUGGUUGGUGCAGUUUAUUUGUCAAACUGUGAAUUCAUUUCAUCAUAUAGGUGUAAAAUGUACUGGAAAGUGUAUGUUGUAGGCAAAAACUGUCAUACACUGAUUUCACGCUGUUUGAAUGCUGAGUCAUAUUGUUUUAUAUUUAUAUUUUUAUACUUAUUUUCUUAAUAAAAUGCUGU